AUGUGCAUAUUAUUCAUAUAUGUCGGUUUAAAUGAUGACGAAGGAGACUACAGUCUAGUGAUAGCUUCUAAUCGUGAUGAGUAUUACGACAGACCAGCCCAAGAAAUUACUCAAUGGGUUGAGGAUCCGGAAGUAUUUGGAGGCCGAGACCUCCAACCUGGCUCAGGUGGUGGCACUUGGUUAGCUAUAUCACCAUCACGAAGAAAAAUUGGCAUACUACUCAAUUUACCAAGUGACCAAAAAGAUAAUAAGUCAGCUCAAAGUAGAGGCAAAAUUGUAGCAGAUUACGUUAAAUCUAAAACAGUUACAAGAGAUUACAUUGAUGCUAUGAAAAGCUACAUUAUGCAAUGUAAUGGAUUUGUCUUUGUCACUGCAGAAUUUGGGGACCAAACAUCAGUUAAACAAUAUGCUAAAAUUACAACAUACAGUAAUACUUCAGAUAAAUUAGCAAUUCAUACACAAAAAUAUCUAGGAUUUGGAAACUGUUUACCUGAAAAUCCUUUAUGUAAAGUUGAAAAUGGAAAAAGUAAACUGCAUGAUAUAUGCAGCCGAUUGAAUAAAAUAGAUCAAAAGAAAGAACUUGUUGAAGAACUUCUAUCAUUGUUAAGAUCAGAAGAAAGACAUCUGCCAGAUUUUCAGUUAGAGAAAAGGAGUCCAGUGGGAUAUAAAUAUUUAAGUUCUAUAUUUGUUUCUAUGCCAGAAAUUAGAUAUGGCACAAGGACACAUACUUUAAUCCUUGUUACAAAGACAGGACAUAUUGAUAUUAUUGAAGUUAAUUUAGAGAGUCCAGUAGACACAGUUAACCCAAAAUGGAUAACCAGAGAACAUCAAUUUGAUUUAGGGUUUUGA